ACUAGCGUUGCGUGCAAAAGAACCAAAUGUCUCCUUGCUCGACCGGCUAGAAGUAGUAGCGAUUUCCCCUUUAAACUAGAUAUUACGAAAUUAGAAAAGGAAGGACACAUUAGAUAAUCGAGUCAUGGAUACAUCGUCUGCAAGUAAGGUGAGAUGGUCAUCACUGGGACGUUUUAAGCAUAGAUUUAUUCAACCAGAGCUGACCUGGGGCUAAAAACAAUAACAACGAGGUUUAUUAUUGCUGAUACAAACAUAUGUGUUAUGUGUUAUACACAUGUGCAUACACGCUCGCCUAUACCUACUAUAUCCGUGCAUGGCGGAGUGGUUACGAAGUUCACUUCGUAAUUAAGAAGCCCCACCACCCCGAGUUUGAACUUACUGCGUGGAACCUUAGAAUUGGCUUUGCUAUUGCGAAGAGGCUAGCAGAAGAUGGUGCUAAAGUAAUGGUUAGUAGUCGUAAAGCAGCCAAAGUUGAUGAAGCAGUGUCUAGUCUCACUUCAAAAAGUUUGGAUGUUGCAGGAACAGUCUGCCAUGUUGCAAAACCUGAAGACAGAAAGAAACUUGUUGAAGAAACACUUGCAAAGUUUGGUGGUUUGGACAUCUUAGUAAAUAAUGCUGGGAUCAAUCCUGUCUUUGGGCCAGUAUUAGAUACUUCUGAAGAUGCUUGGGAUAAGAUCUUUGAAGCUAAUGUCAAGGCACCAUUCUUGUUUUGCAAAGAUGUAGCACCACUGAUGGAAAAAAGAGGUGGUGGCUCCAUAAUAUUUGUGUCAUCUAUACUAGGUUACCAUCCAGAAGCAUUUCUUGGCUGUUAUUCUGUUAGCAAAACAGCUCUCCUUGGUUUGGUAAAAGUACUUGUUCCUCAGCUUAAUGCAAUGAAUAUCAGAGUGAAUAGCAUAGCUCCUGGUCUUAUUGAUACCAAAUUCAGUCAAAUGCUUAAAUCAGAUGAAUCCAUCUUGGCACGUAUUCCCAUGAAUAGGUAUGGCACUCCUGAAGAAUGCGCUAACGUCGUGUCAUUUUUGGUGUCUGAAGAGGCUAGCUACAUAACAGGUGAAACAUUCAAAGUGACAGGAGGAAUGAUGUCAUCACUCUGAUAGUUUACUGACAAUUAUAAGAAUAAUAUAUGCAAGAAAAAGUUUGUCUACAAAUGAUUAUUUUAUAUAAUUAUGCCUUUUCCAGAAAAAAGUAAAAAAAUACUUUUUAAAAAAAUUAUAUUUAUUUUUCCUUAAUCAUGAAAGAUUUAAAGUAAAAUAUCAAAAGCCAAUCUUUUGAA